GCCCGCAGCCGGUGCGGAGCGUGGCGAUCACUCGGCCGCAGCCCUCGCCCGCCGCGGAGGUUGCGCCCCCCGCCGCCGGCCAGGCCGCCCCGUACCCGGGACUUUCCGUCCUUUGAACUGAUAGUUGCCCACCGGGCGCCUGCCCGCAGCGUCAGCGCCCGCCAGAGCGGAGGCCGCGGUGGCGGCCGUGCCCAUGCCUGGGUGUCCACACUUAGCUGCUUCCCCACCACCACCACUGUACCUUCCCCAGGCACUGGAACCACGGGUGGCUGCCUGUCCCUAGCUUCGGCUGAGCUGAGAUUGCACCUGUGAGAAGGCCCGACAGACAGGAUGGGUGACAUGGCCAACAGUUCCAUCGAGUUCCACCCCAAGCCCCAGCAGCAGCGGGAGGCCCCCCAUGCAGGUGGCUUUGGAUGCACGCUGGCUGAGCUGCGCUCCCUCAUGGAGCUGCGAGGGGCUGAGGCACUGCAGAAGAUCCAAGAAGCCUACGGGGACGUUGGCGGGCUCUGUAGGCGGCUGAAGACCUCGCCCACCGAGGGCCUGGCGGACAACACCAAUGACUUGGAGAAGCGCAGGCAGAUCUAUGGGCAGAAUUUCAUCCCUCCCAAGCAGCCCAAGACCUUCCUUCAGUUGGUGUGGGAGGCCCUGCAAGACGUGACCCUCAUCAUCCUGGAGGUGGCCGCCAUCGUCUCCCUGGGCCUGUCAUUCUAUGCACCGCCCGGGGAGGAGAGUGAAGCCUGUGGGAACGUGUCAGGUGGGGCGGAAGACGAGGGUGAGGCUGAGGCUGGCUGGAUCGAAGGCGCUGCCAUCCUGCUGUCUGUCAUUUGUGUGGUGCUGGUCACGGCCUUCAACGACUGGAGCAAGGAGAAGCAGUUCCGAGGCCUACAGAGCCGAAUUGAGCAGGAGCAGAAGUUCACAGUCAUCCGGAACGGGCAGCUCCUUCAGGUCCCUGUGGCCGCACUGGUGGUAGGGGACAUUGCCCAGGUCAAGUACGGAGACCUGCUACCUGCUGACGGCGUGCUCAUCCAGGGCAAUGACCUCAAGCUGGACGAGAGCUCCCUGACAGGGGAGUCGGACCACGUGCGCAAGUCCGCCGACAAAGACCCCAUGCUACUCUCAGGCACCCAUGUUAUGGAGGGUUCUGGAAGGAUGGUGGUGACGGCCGUCGGUGUGAACUCCCAGACAGGCAUAAUCUUUACCUUGCUUGGAGCUGGUGGUGAAGAGGAGGAGAAGAAGGAUAAGAAAGCUAAGAAGCAGGAUGGGGCAGUUGCCAUGGAAAUGCAGCCUCUGAAGAGUGCGGAGGGUGGGGAGAUGGAGGAGCGGGAGAAGAAGAAAGCCAAUGUGCCCAAGAAGGAGAAGUCAGUCCUUCAGGGGAAGCUCACGAAACUGGCCGUCCAGAUCGGGAAAGCAGGGUUGGUGAUGUCUGCCAUCACCGUCAUCAUCCUGGUCCUCUACUUUGUGAUUGAGACCUUUGUCGUGGAUGGCCGGGCAUGGCUGGCAGAGUGCACACCAGUCUACGUGCAGUACUUCGUGAAGUUCUUCAUCAUUGGUGUCACUGUACUGGUUGUGGCUGUCCCAGAGGGCCUGCCUCUUGCUGUCACCAUCUCCUUAGCUUACUCUGUCAAGAAAAUGAUGAAGGACAACAACUUGGUACGCCACCUGGAUGCCUGUGAGACCAUGGGCAAUGCCACGGCCAUCUGCUCGGACAAGACAGGCACACUCACCACCAACCGUAUGACCGUGGUCCAGUCCUACCUAGGGGACACCCACUACAAAGAGGUUCCAGCCCCCAACGCCUUGACCCCCAAGAUCCUUGACCUCCUGGUCCACGCCAUCUCCAUCAACAGUGCCUACACCACCAAAAUACUACCUCCAGAGAAGGAAGGCGCUCUCCCACGCCAAGUGGGCAAUAAGACAGAGUGCGCUCUGCUAGGCUUCGUCUUGGACCUGAAGCGGGAUUUCCAGCCCGUGCGCGAGCAGAUUCCGGAAGACAAGCUCUACAAAGUGUACACCUUCAACUCGGUCCGCAAGUCCAUGAGCACGGCCAUCCGCAUGCCUGACGGUGGCUUCCGCCUCUUCAGCAAGGGGGCCUCAGAGAUCCUGCUCAAAAAGUGCACCAACAUCUUAAACAGCAAUGGUGAACUCCGAGGCUUUCGUCCUCGGGACCGGGAUGACAUGGUGAAGAAGAUCAUCGAGCCGAUGGCCUGUGAUGGCCUCCGCACCAUCUGCAUCGCCUACCGGGACUUCUCUGCAGGCCAGGAGCCUGACUGGGAUGACGAGAACGAGGUCGUGGGCGAUCUCACCUGCAUAGCUGUCGUGGGCAUCGAGGACCCUGUGCGGCCGGAGGUCCCUGAAGCUAUCCGCAAAUGCCAGCGUGCUGGCAUCACGGUCCGCAUGGUGACUGGGGACAACAUCAACACGGCGAGGGCCAUCGCGGCCAAGUGCGGCAUCAUCCAGCCUGGGGAGGACUUCCUGUGCCUGGAGGGGAAGGAGUUCAACCGGCGGAUUCGCAAUGAGAAAGGCGAGAUAGAGCAGGAGCGGCUGGACAAGGUGUGGCCCAAGCUGAGGGUGCUCGCCCGCUCGUCUCCCACCGACAAGCACACUCUGGUCAAAGGGAUUAUUGAUAGCACCACUGGCGAGCAGCGGCAAGUGGUGGCUGUGACCGGGGAUGGCACCAAUGAUGGACCAGCACUCAAGAAGGCAGACGUGGGCUUCGCUAUGGGCAUCGCAGGGACUGACGUGGCCAAGGAGGCCUCUGACAUCAUCCUGACCGAUGACAACUUCACCAGCAUUGUCAAGGCGGUUAUGUGGGGCCGCAACGUCUAUGACAGCAUCUCUAAGUUCCUGCAGUUCCAGCUGACGGUCAACGUGGUGGCCGUGAUCGUAGCCUUCACAGGCGCCUGCAUUACUCAGGACUCUCCUCUCAAAGCUGUGCAGAUGUUGUGGGUGAACUUGAUCAUGGAUACAUUUGCCUCCCUGGCCCUGGCGACAGAGCCGCCCACCGAGUCGCUGCUGCUGCGGAAGCCCUAUGGCCGGGACAAGCCCCUCAUCUCUCGCACCAUGAUGAAGAACAUCCUGGGCCACGCUGUCUACCAGCUCACCAUCAUAUUCACGCUGCUCUUCGUAGGGGAGCUCUUCUUUGACAUCGACAGUGGGAGGAACACGCCCCUGCACUCACCGCCCUCAGAGCACUACACCAUCAUCUUCAAUACCUUCGUCAUGAUGCAGCUCUUCAACGAAAUCAACGCCCGCAAGAUCCAUGGCGAGAGGAACGUGUUCGAUGGCAUCUUCAGCAACCCCAUCUUCUGCACCAUCGUCCUGGGCACCUUUGGAAUCCAGAUUGUCAUCGUCCAGUUCGGCGGGAAGCCCUUCAGUUGCUCCCCCCUAUCCACAGAACAGUGGCUCUGGUGCCUGUUUGUUGGUGUUGGGGAGCUGGUCUGGGGACAGGUCAUUGCCACCAUCCCCACCAGCCAGCUCAAGUGCCUGAAGGAAGCAGGGCACGGGCCCAGGAAGGAUGACAUGACUGAUGAGGAGCUGGCCGAGGGGGAGGAAGAGAUCGACCACGCUGAGCGUGAGCUCCGCCGGGGCCAGAUCCUCUGGUUCCGGGGCCUCAACAGGAUUCAGACGCAGAUGGAGGUAGUGAGUACCUUCAAGAGAAGCGGUUCAUUUCAGGGUGCUGUGCGCCGGCGGUCGUCAGUCCUCAGCCAGCUCCAUGAUAUCCGGGUGGUGAAAGCAUUCCGUAGCUCACUCUAUGAAGGCCUGGAGAAACCGGAGUCUAAGACCUCCAUUCAUAACUUCAUGGCAACGCCCGAGUUUCUGAUCAAUGACUACACCCACAACAUCCCGCUCAUCGAUGACACGGACGUGGACGAGAAUGAGGAGCGCCUGCAGGCCCCCCUGCCCCCUUCCCCCAACCAGAACAACAAUGCCAUAGACAGUGGCAUCUACCUGACCACGCAUGUCACCAAGUCAGCUACCUCUUCAGUGUUCUCUUCCAGUCCUGGGAGCCCACUCCACAGCAUGGAGACGUCCCUCUAACCAGAACUCGUCUCGGCACACGCACACAGGCACACUCAGGCUCACACGCAGUCACAUGCACACACGCACACACAGAGGGGAACCCACACACCUGCAAAUGAGGGGGAUGACUAUAGUGGCUGAAGACUUGUCUUGCGGGGCAUUUGCAAGAAGCCAAACACAUUCAAUAAGGGUGCAGCCUGCCACAGGCUUCACAUUGGGGAUAAGGGCUGAGGCAGAGGAAGAAUAAGAGGAGGAAGGGAAGGUUCUUCAUCCGAAGGGGAAGGAGAAAGUAGACAGUGAGAAGAGCUGUGUUCCCCACCCUUUUUCUAUCGCUUAUUUUUAAGGAACACUCCAAUUCUACCGUGUGUUUGCUGCGGGGCUGUGUAGGGGCCAGGGAUGGGGGGGGCUGCCUUGAGUUUCCUGGGAGCUUUGUUGCACCCAUGCAGGAGUAAUCGGAUCAACAUACUCAUACAAAAAAAGGUCGAGCUCUCUACGAGGCCAUGAAGGAUGCCACUGUCCAGACAGGCCACCCAAGGGAGCUACCUGCAAACGUACCUGCAACCGCAAAGCAACCCAUCCCCAGAGCAAACUAGACACGUCUGCAGUGUGCAUGUGUGCAUGUGUGCACACAUAUGUCUGUGUGAAUGCAUAUGCAUAUAUACAUGGCAAGAUGCAUAUUUACAGAAUAAGGAACUAUUAUUGGCAUGAUACUUCCAUUCCUCUGACCAGGCGUUUUCAUUUUGAAAUUUCAUUAUUGAAUGUAGCAAGUUUUUUUUUUUUUCAGGGAACUAGACUGCAAGAAUAUCUUCUUGGUUAAUAUAUUUUUGUCCUGAAUUGCCCUGCCCACCCCUCAGAACCCGAUCCUAUCCUUUGGGACUCCCGUUACAGUUGGAGCAUUUGCACUUUGUGAGUCCUGCCUAUAGAGGAGAAAAACCUUUCAAUGGAAUUUUUUAUUUAAAAGGAAAGUACCAACAUAUUGAUGAGAAUGAUCCUCUUCAGUAGGUGGAAGGGGAAAUUUUGUUUUGAGCUUCCUUUGCUUUCAACUGCAAUUCCAAGUCCUUAAUUCUGGCUGGUGGCUUCCUUUUUCCACACCCCUAACUUCAAGAGCAUGAAGUGGUGUAUGCCAGCUUCUGGUCCUGUCCCUACCCUGACCCCGUCUGACCCAAUGGGCCCCAGAACCCUGGGAGCAGCCUCAGUACAGCAGAGAGACAGAUCACCCCAGUGCCAGGUCCCAGGGACCGGGAAGAGAGAUCAUCAAAACCCAAGAGGAGCUGGCCCUAUCCCCCUCAGCUCCUCUGACCACACUUCAUUUUUUGCUUUGCAAAUGCCAAGAAGUCCUUGCUAGACUGCUUUAGUGUCUGUGGUAGCACAGGAGGUGAGACAGGAGGUGCCACCCAUCAAAGCGCUCUUCUGAUCCCUCUCUUCUUGUCCAGAUGACAACUUUAACACAAGAGGGCAGAACAGAAGCAAAGCCCCUUGGAGCAAUGGCAUUUUAUUACUAUCACUCUCAUCACACCCAUGGCUCUUUCUCCUAAGCCCAUCGUGGCUGAGCACCAGGUCCCAAGGGGAGCCUGUCCUGGUAGUGUAGGCACCCAGCAAGGCAAGCCUCGGUUUUCCCCAAAUGGGGGACGUGCAGAGUAGGCAGAUAGGAGAGAGAGGGUCCCAGCUUUUGCUGCCCUACUGAGGAAGUCGAGAGGGAUAGGCCUUUUCCUAAUGGAAGGCCAGUCCUCCCCUCUGCCCUAGGUUCCAAGUAUGGACACUCACAGUGACACCAGCGAGGCAGGUGGCACCUUGCCCAUGAGGUUCCAUUACCUCUUGGACUCAGGUGUAACGUUUUGCAGGGAGGUGGUUGGGGGAGUUAGGAUCAGGGCAGAUGUGGACUGGCCCUCAAGAACUGAGCCCCUCCUGCUCUGCCCCACUGGCGGACUUGUCUCACCUCCACGGCCAUCCACACAAAGCCAAAUGGACACGUACUCUGUCCCAGCCAUUAACAUUAACACCAUGUCACCUCUGAGCAGGAGUAGUCAAAUCUCGGGCAAAAGAAUUUCAGUUAGAAAAGAAAAUCCCACUUUAAAAUGCCAGCUACAGAUAACUCAAAGCCAUCCCUUUUUUCCAAAGGGCACAUUGAGAAUGUUACCCAUUUGUAAAUUGUUCCCUGAUGUCCUUGUUUAAAGAACAACAACAAAAAGGGCAACUCAGUUUGUUGAGGGUCUUUGUGUUCCUAAACAAGAAAUAAAAUUCGAAAUGUCUAAAUUGAAGCAGCUAAGCUGUGUAAUGCUACACUCACACGCUCCUUCCUGUUCUCUUUUGUAGACACACGAUAGAAACAAUGGCUGAUUAUAUCGCAAAGCAAACCCUCGCUGCUGCUAUGCAAAGCUGCCUGGUGUAAACAUCCGUUGGCUGUGGGGCCCCAGGUGGCCUUCGUGCAGGGUCCAGGGGCUCAGGAAAGGGGUGUCCGCGUGAGCUCAGAUCUGCUCUGGCGCUGGGCGGUCUGCAGGCCGAGGGCCUCUCUUUGUAAAGCAUCAUGUUAUCCGGAAUGGCUUGGUCAGCUGUGUUCAGUUAAUAAAUACAUUUUACAUUUUUAUCUGCUUGUUAUAAAGAUGAACAAAAAAAUCUUCAUGAGGAAGACCAGAUGCAUAAUAAUUUAAAGUCUGUAGUUGAAUUUCCUAAUUUAAAGACUAGACCAAAAUUUCUGUGUAUGAAAAAAAUGAAAGGCUCCUACAUCCUGGUCUGGGUAA